AUGGCAAUGUUAGUAACUUCACCUCAUUAUCUCCUCCUGCAAAACCUUAACCAUCACCUUCUCAAAAGCCCCAACACCGUCACCACCACCUAUUUCAAUGCAUUCCCUCUCAACCAAUCUUCACGCCUCAACAAACCCAUAUCGAUCACCUGUUCGAUAACCCAAAUCCAAGAUUGCCCAACCUUCUCUUCCCAAUCCCAAGAUCGAGUCUUCAAUUUCGCCGCAGGUCCGACUACUCUGCCUGAAAACGUGCUCAAGACGGCCGAAUCUAAGCUCUACAAUUGGCGUGGAGCCGGAAUGAGCGUGAUAGAAAUGAGCCACAGAGGGAAAGAGUUCCUCUCAAUCAUCCAGAAAGUAGAGUCAGAUCUGCAUACCCUUUUCAUCAUACCCUCCGAUUAUGCUGUUUUGUUCUUGCAAGGUGGCGGUGACAAGGCUUUCAAGGAAGCCACCAAGUAUUGCAAGCCUUGUGUGAUUUGGUCAGGCAAAUCUGAAAAAUAUACCAAGAUUCCAUCUUUUGAUCAAUUAGAGCAGAACCUGCAUGCCAAGUAUUGGCAUAUAUGCGCGAACGUUGAGACAUGGGUGAAGGAGAAGAGGCAGAGAAAGAAUGAAGCGGGGGACGAUAGGGUUAUUUUGGUCCCCUUAAAAAUGUUAGAGCAACGGGUCAAAUCCGAAUAG